AUGAACAAGCAAGUUAAAACAAAAAAUAAUCUCAAAGAAAAUAAAAUACGAGCAACCACUGCAAGAGAAAUAAUUGUUCUUAAAUAUCAACAAAAUUUAGAAAAAGCAUUAGCAUUUACAAUAAUAAUAGCAAAAGAUUUUACAAAUGCUCCAACAGCAGUAUCAACUGGUGCUUGUUAUAAUGGUCAUUUAGCUAUUGUCAUAUAUUUAAUUGAACAAGGUGAUGAUUAUUUUAUUGAAAAUCAAGCAAAAGAAACGCCAAUUAUGAAUGCUAAAUUACAUCAAAAUAUUCAAGAAAAUUUCGUGAUUAUUUAA